AUGGAGUCCAUUGAAAGGAGGUUCAAGGAAUCAGACAAAGUUGAGACCAAAAACCUGAUGUCUAAGCUGGCAAACACGAAAUAUGAAGAGGGAAGGAACAUGAUAGAGCAUCUCAUGAGACUCAUGGACAUUGUUGCCAAACUGAACAAGCUGAAAGUGCCUAUUGACUCGACUUAUCUAGUGUAUAAUACACUAGAUUGUUUACCUUUUAAGUAG